AUGGCUAUUAAUCAUCGCCCUUCUAUUUUGGUUGUGACGGAGACGAGGGUCGGUGGAGACAGAGCCGGAAAAAUUAUUGAAGGCUUGCCAUUUGACAGUUACAUUACCACGGAUACAAUCGGCUACGCCGGGGGACUGUGGAUACUCUGGAGAACGGAAGAUGUGGAUGUUUCUCCCCUUUCAACUACUAAGCAGGAGAUUCAUACUUUUAUUAAGGAUAAAAUUAUUGAAGGCUUGCCAUUUGACAGUUACAUUACCACGGAUACAAUCGGCUACGCCGGGGGAUUGUGGAUACUCUGGAGAAUGGAAGAUGUGGAUGUUUCUCCCCUUUCAACUACUAAGCAGGAGAUUCAUACUUCUAUUAAGGAUAAGUUUGGGGGAAAUCAAGUAAACCUUAAUAGAGCUCUAGAGUUCAAGGGGUGCUUAGAUGAGUGUAAUAUGAUAGACUUGGGUUUUGCGGGACCUAAAUACACGUGGACGAAUCGUAGGCCCAUCUCAAGCCUUAUUUUGGAAAGAAUUGAUAGGUGCUUUGCCAACCCAAUGUGGAGGAUCCUUUACCCAGAAGCUGUAGUAACCCAUUUACUUAGAAUUUUCUUGGAUCAUUGCUCGGUGCUUAUCAAAUUAUGUAAAUCUAGUGCCAAUCAUCUAAACAAGCCUUUCCGAUUCCAAACGAUGUGGCUGCUUCAUCCGGAUUUCCCAAGAGUAGUGCAGCAAGCCUGGGCUGAGGAUAGAGCAUUACAUAUAGCAACUUCAGAUUUUAUAGAUAAAGCAAAAAAAUGGAAUGUGGAAGUUUUUGGGAAUCUCUUUGCAAAAAAAAGGAGAGUGUUGGCAAGACUGAACGGUGUGCAGAAAGCCCUUGCUGAUAACCCUUGUGAUUUUUUGAUGGACCUAGAAAAUCAGCUUGUGUCAGAGUACUCUCUAAUUCUCAUGCAAGAAGAGGAGUUUUGGGCUCUUAAGUUCAGACUUAAUACAGCCACUUUUGGGGACUGA